UGACGUCAUUGUCGCUUGUGUUUUUUUGUGAAUGAAAGAAUCCAACCUCAGAGAGCGGCGGAGUAAUUCCGGGAAAAGGCGGACUGACAUUUUGUCGCUAGAGUCGCUACGAUCCAGCAGAUUGUCUGUAUCUGUGUUGACUGGUGCUUUAGGGGGGGGAAAAACAACCGAAGACAGACGGAUCAUGUCAUCAGAGAGAAGCAGCAAGGCCCUGAAGGUAAAGCAGGAAUGUGGCGAAAAUGUGCCCGUCCUGUCGGACAGCGAGCUCAUGUCUCUCACGGUGCGCGAGUUGAACCUCCACCUGCGCGGCAUGUCCCGCGACGAGAUCCAGAAGCUGAAGCAGCGCCGGCGCACCUUGAAGAACCGGGGCUACGCCGCCAGCUGCCGGGUCAAGCGGGUGUCGCAGCGCGAAGCCCUGGAGCAGCAGAAGACGGAGCUCCAGCGGGAGGUGGAGCGGCUCGGGGCGGAGAACGCCGGCAUGAGGAAAGAGCUGGAGGGGCUGGGCGCGCGCCUGGCGGCGCUCCAGAGGUUCGCCAGGGGCCUGGAGGCCGGGGGAGGCAACCUGCUCGCCACGGCCCCGCGCCGCAACACCGCCUCGGUCAUCACCAUCGUCAAGAGUCCGCCACAGCCUCAGCCACAGAGGGACCAGGAGCCGUCCUAGAAGGAGCUGCUUGACUGGGGGUGGUGGGGGCCGGGGGGGGGACAGGGACACACAACAUGCAAUGCAAAAACACACGCAUACACCUGCAGGCAUAUAUAUAUAAUAUAUAUAUUCUAUACACACACAUGCAACAGGAAGAUGAUUUUAGUAGGAAAAUACUAAGCGCUGCGUCACGCCUCGUUCACAUUUCGAAAUGCCGUAGGAUUAUUUCCGCGGGAGCCGUUGGUUCCUGUGUGACACAGUGGUGGACCAGUUUUCCAAAGCAAGGGGCCAGGAGCCGUCGCAAAGAGUCUAGGACUGGUGGCGGUGUCCGCCACUAGGACACUGCAGCCUAGCUGACUGAAAUGUGUAUUUUGUUGUUGUGUAUUUAGGAGUCUGUCCAGAAAGACGCAGCGGGUUUAAUUGUGAACGAGGCGUUUCGGCACCGAUGCACUCGCAGUCAUCACACGCGCGCGCACAAAACCCCUCGCACUCAGUCCCCGGUCCACACGGGACGGGACGGGACGGGACGGGGUAGACUUUGACUAGCUGGACUCUGACUGAAGCCAGACCAACCCAACCGGAGUUACUGUACAUGUUCUCGGCUCAACAAAGUCCAGCUCUGACGCUGGUGCUCUCUGAUCGCGCUACCGCAUGGCCCACGGGAGGGGAGGGGAGGGGGGCUACUCGCCGCUUCCGGUUAUGGCACCUGACCUAAACAGCAACGUGCAAGGGCAGAGCGGACGGCUCUACAACGGCUGCUUAACCUUGUACAGCUGUAGUCCGAAGUUUUACCAGCUGGCUCUGAUACCAGCCCGGGCCCCCCAUGUGUCUCUGCUACUGUGCUAAGGAAGUGUCCCAAAAAGCAUGAUUCAUUCACUCUCGUUAGUCAUUAAUGCAGGAGUUUCUCAACCUCUGUGUCACUUGACAGGCAGGCGGGUGGGUCAUGGGAGUAAGACUUAAGUGCUUGGGCCAUGAGGAUUUUGGGAGAGCAAACAUUGGCCACGCAGUCCAGAUCAAAGGUUGAGAAACGCUGCAUUUGUGAAUCAUGAAUUCUUUUUGAAUUGCCACUACUUCCCACCUGGUCUACCCCUCCCCGUGACGGGGCAAAAGUAGUCUUGUACCGCUUGUCUACACGUUUCUCACAAUAAUGCAGUGCCUUCAGCGUAUGGAGUUAGAAGAACGCAAAACUAAGAGGGGUGGGGGGGCGGAAAGAGGUGAAAACGGACCGCAAUCGCUCAUUGUUGACUGUUCACGACCGCACAUUUCUUUCUAUAGAAUUUCUCUGGGUUCUGCUAUUUUCUGAGCUAUGAUCCAGCAUCGCUCGUUUUACAACCCCUACUGUGCAGUAACUUUGCUACAGUCUGCUGUGGCUUCCCUUUUUAUUUUUUUAUUUUCAUUUUUUCAUAUCCGCUAGCCUGCCAGCAACAAACGUUGGUCGUUUUGCUCCAAACGUGUAAGGUAGGAAUCACGCUGAAGUCGACGCAAACCCUCUUGCAUACAUUCCCCGUUUUUUGUGUUCUUAUUUGUACUGUUUGUACGUGCCGUUGAGAGACGAGAUGUUGAGUGACAUUUAUCAGAGAUAUAUUCUAUAUUUUAUUUGUAUUUAAAGGUAGUUGUUAUGAAAAGACAAGCUAACGAGUGCUGUGACGUACUAUGUGUUUUUCAGAAGUACUUAACUUACGACUAGUCCGGGGAUAUUCUCACGUCUAAUUAUUGUGUUGUGUGGCAACGAUGAUUACUUUACAAAAUGUUAAUUAUUAUUAUUAUUAUUAUUAUUAGCUAUGUAGAAAUAUGCUCAAAGCCAAUGGCCAUAUUGCUGUAUGAUGAUUUUUUUUGUUUGUUUUGUUGUGUGUGUUUUUUUGCCAUGUUUGUACUGGCUUGUACUAGUGGAUUCUUGGAGGGAUAUUAUUUUUCUAUGAUGAUUUGUAUGUCGUUUGUGUGAACAAAUUAAGGUCACUUCUGUACUGGCUGGCUGGGUGGGGCAGGUCCACAGGAUGUUAAAAAAGGAAAAUGUGGGAAGAAAGAUUGAGAUGAGGAGGGGACGAGAAGGCUUAGGAGUUGUCGAACGAUGGAGAAAGAAAGUAGGCAAGGCGGGCUGGGAAAGAAGGUGGAAAAGAGGUGGGGCGCUGUUCACGUGAAAACCUCCAUCGGUGGCGGGCCUGGUUCAGCCGAGGUGUGCUCAAACAGGCCUGGGUUACAGUGGAGUCCGGGCCGCUGAAUAGUGCUAGCAUAUCAUUUAUAAGCAGGCGUUGGAAAACACAUUAGACUGUGUUGGCAAAUAACUCCUUGAGAUAUGAGGCAUAUAUAUAUUUAGCUAUAUAUGAAUGAAUCAGUGUGGCAAAAAGCAUUUAUUCUCAAUAUUUUAACGUCUCCACAUCUGUCAAAACCGUGCUGGAUGUUUUGUAAGACUUGCAAAACAAAAAAAAUGUUUUUUGUAUUUAUUACUUGUAUUUUUUCUAUUGUGAAAAUUUAAGUACAUUGUCUAUUUUAUAUAUUAAUUAUAAUAAAUGUUGUACAUAUUGUACAUAAAA